UACAGUUCAAUCUCUUCUGAAGAUAAAAUCCUCCGUUACUACAGCUCCGAACCACAUACCAAACAAACCCCUCUAAAGUUUUCACGGAACCCAAGAAAAAUGGGAUUGAGAAGAGACACUGCUUCUGGCCUUCCAACAUUCUUGCCCAUGAUGAUCUCUUUCAGUUUUGUUGUCGUUUUCCUUCCAAGAUCCGCGGAAGCUUACAAGAAUUACACGGUUGGGGACUCCUUUGGGUGGUACGACAACACAGAGAAGCCUGAUGUUAAUUACCAGAAAUGGGCUGAUAAGAAGAACUUCAGCUUGGGAGAUUUCCUCAUUUUCAACACAAACACCAACCACUCAGUGGUCCAGACCUACAACGCAACAACCUACAGGCUCUGCGACUACGACGACGCCUCCGACAACGACACCAUCCAGUGGUCCACCGCCGACCCUUCCAACACCGCCACUCAACCGAUCACCGUCGCCGUCCCUCUCCUCAAGGAAGGCAAGACAUUCUUCUUCUCCGGCGACUAUGACGGCGAUCAGUGCGCCAGCGGCCAGCGCUUCGCUAUAUCCGUCGCCCACGGCCAGGGCCUCCCCAAGAGCCUCCAGGACCCCUCCGACCAGGACUCCCCUGGCCCCGUCGCCGCCCAGUCCAGCGGCGACGACGACGAACAAUCGGCGCCGGAGACGAUCGUCCCGUCCAACUUCGAUCAUCCCAAAGAAGUUCCCGAGAACGAGGACGAUCGCUCCGACUCGUCUGGUUCUGUUUCGUUGUCGUUUAAAAAUGUGAGCCAGUUUUGCAUGGUUUUCGCGGCGGUUCUUGUUUGGUUGUUCUGAGAAAUGUUGCCGUUUUUUUUUUUUUUUCUUUUCUUUCAAUAGAUAUCUAAAUUAUAAUAAUAUAUAGGU